CGCCGUCCCGCGGCGCCGCGGUUGUGCGGGCGGUCGGUCCCUUGGAGGCCAUGGCAGCCACUUUCUUUGGAGAGGUGGUGAAGGCGCCGUGCCGAGCCGGGACGGAGGAGGAGGAGGAGGAGGAGGAGGCGGGACGGAGGGAGACCCCCGAGGACCGGGAGGUCCGGCGGCAGCUGGCGCGGAAGAGGGAGGUGCGGCUUCUUCGAAGACAGACAAAAACAUCUCUGGAAGUUUCUCUGCUAGAAAAAUAUCCUUGUUCCAAGUUUAUAAUUGCUAUAGGAAAUAAUGCAGUAGCAUUUUUGUCAUCGUUUGUUAUGAAUUCAGGCGUCUGGGAAGAAGUUGGUUGUGCCAAACUCUGGAAUGAAUGGUGUAGAACAGUGGACACCACACACCUGUCCCCUUCAGAGUCUUUUUGUGUGUUUUAUCACCUAAAAUCAAAUCCCUUGGUCUUUGUCUGUCAAUGUAGUUGCUAUGUUGCUGAAGAUCAGCAGUAUCAGUGGCUGGAAAAGGUUUUUGGCUCUUGUCCAAGGAGGAACAUGCAGGUAACUAUUCUUACAUGUCGACAUGUUACUGACUAUAAAACCUCAGAAUCUACUGGCAGCCUUUCUUCUCCUUUCCUGAAAGCACUAAAAACGCAGAACUUCAAGGACACUGCCUGUUGCUCACUGCUAGAACAGCCGAACAUCAUCCAUGAUCUUCCUGCCGCAGUCCUCAGUUACUGUCAGGUGUGGAAAAUCCCUGCCAUUCUGUAUUUGUGUUACACUGAGGUGAUGACGUUAGACCUCAUUACCGUGGAAGCUUUCAAGCCCAUACUUUCUUCCAGAAGCUUGAAAGGCCUGGCUAAGAACAUUCCACAGGGCACAGAGAUACUGAAGAAAUUGAUGACAACAAAUGAGAUUCAGAGUAACAUUUAUACGUGAUCCCAAAGAUCGUUCUGUGAUGUCUCCCACGUUGUCUCUAUCUAUAGCCCACCCCAGGGUCCAGAAGCAUCCAUUCCUUCCAGGGGAGCAGCGAGCACUGCUUUGAGGGCUGCUCUGGGGGUGCUGUAUUUUGAGGGUGUUGAAACAGAAUAAACUUUAAAAAGUUAA